GGUGCGGUUGAGGAUAGUUCGAUUGGGGUCAAGCUAGAAAAAGUCCUACUACUACUAUCCUACUAAACGCCAGUAAGGCGCAGGCAUGCGGUUGCCGUACGCGCUCCCUCCACCCCGGCUCUCUUUAUCGGAACGAAGCUCGCACUAAGCUUUGCGCCGCUUCCCUUCCGCCGGGUUACUCUUUACCUUUUGGGCUUCACCGUUGGGUAACGGUGUAAAUGCCGGCUACUUCAUGGGAAAGAAAGGUGGGAGCUCGUGGUUGACGGCGGUCAAAAGAGCCUUCAGAUCCCCCUCCAAAGACUCCCCAAAGAAGCCCUCCAGACCUCGCGAGGACCCAGACCACGACGAGGAUAAGAAGAGGGAGAAGAGGAGAUGGAUAUUUCUGAAGGCUUCAAGCCAGGAACAGCAGCAGACGCAGCAGGAAGCGGAGGUGAGGUCGGUGACGGCAUCAUCAGCGGCAAACGCCAGCGCGGAGCAGAGGCAUGCAAUAGCGGUGGCGGUGGCGACUGCAGCUACCGCGGAGGCGGCCGUCGCGACGGCACAGGCUGCAGCAGAGGUGGUCCGGCUAACUAGGCCUUCUGCCAGCUUUGUCAAAGAGCGCUACGCCGCCAUCGUCAUCCAAACGGCUUUCCGAGGAUACUUGGCGAGGAGGGCUUUGAAGGCGUUGAGGGGGCUGGUGAAGUUGCAGGCGCUGGUGAGAGGGCACAACGUGAGGAGGCAGGCGAACAUGACGCUGCGGUGCAUGCAGGCGCUGGUGCGCGUGCAGGAGAGGGUGCGGGACCAGCGGGCCAGGCUCGCCCGGGAGGGCACCAGCCGCAGCAGCAACAAGUCCGCCACCUUCAGCUGCGACACCUCCAUCUGGGACUCUCGCUACCUCCACGACCUCUCCGACCGGCGAUCCGUGCAAUCGAGGGAUGGGAGUAGCUAUGCAGACGAUUGGGACGACCAUCCACGUACUAUUGAAGAGAUCCAGUCCAUGUUGCGGAGCAGGAAGGAGGCUGCUAUGAAAAGAGAGAGAGCUCUCUCGUAUGCUUUUUCUCAGCAGCUUUGGAGGUCUGAUGGUAAGACCGCCUCAUCCCUCCCCUGUGGAGAAGAACUGCAAGAGGAUACGGCGAUAUCGGACGGAGAGCAGCGGCCGCCAAGGUGGCUUGACCGCUGGAUGGCUUCGAGGACUUCAUGUGAUAAUAGAAAUAGCAGAAGAGGACGAGCCUCCGUGGACAGAGACCCCAUCAAGACUCUAGAGAUCGACACUGCUCGGCCAUUCUCCUAUUCCACGCCUACAAAUGUUAGGAGGCAUCAACCACCGGCGUCUCCUCACCACCGGUCGUCCAACCACCUCCACUCCCCUGCGACGCCCUCCCCCUCGAGUGCUGCUAGGAGUCUUCAGGUCCGCUCGGCGAGCCCUCGCUGUGGCAGGGAAGAGAGGAGCUCGGCCUCCGUUCACACCCCGACCGGAUCCGGUUACUAUUACUACAGUGGAGGCGGGGGGCAGCGCCACCAGCAGCAGGCGGCGGUGCCGAACUACAUGGCAGCGACGGAGUCGGCGAAGGCCAGGUCGAGGUCGCAGAGCGCGCCGAGGCAGAGGCCGUCGACGCCGGAGAGGGAACAGCGGAGUGGCUCGGCGAAGAAGCGGCUCUCGUUUCCGGUGCCGGAGACGUACAUUGGUGGCGGCGGUGGCGGAUAUUCUCAGAGCCUUAGGAGCCCGAGCUUUAAGAGCGCGAACGGACAGUUCGGGGUGGAGCAGUCGUCGAGCUGCACGGAGAGUAUCGCCGGCGAGGUCUCGCCCUCGUCGACCACUGAUCUCCGGAGAUGGCUCCGGUGAUCGGGCGUGGCGUCUCCGUCUUCUGAAUGGCAUCCCAUUCUCGUUCGUCGUUUGGUUUGGUGUUCGCCGUUUCUCGAUGUCAGUAGCUUUACACGGUUGUCCUGCGACUGUAACUGUGAGAUUGGAUUAAGAGGGUGAAGUGGGAAACAGAAGAGAAGCUAUCUGUAAUCUUUAAUAACUAAGUAGUUGCCCUGUUUCAAAAGCUCAGUAGGCUAACUGUUU